GCCCCGCCCAGCGCUCGGGCUGGGACUCCCGGGCCCUGGGGCGCUCUCGGCCGAGGUCCUUGACCGGGCGCUCCAGGUGCUUGGCCGCUGUCCGGCCAGACUACGGGCUCUGCCAUGAACAGGUGUACGGAGGCGGCGGCGGUGGCAGCCACCGUGCCGGGCGCGGGCGUCGGGAAUGCGGGGCUGCGGCCGCCCAUGGUGCCCCGCCAGGCGUCCUUCUUCCCGCCGCCUGUGUGCAACCCUUUCGUGCAGCAGAUGCGCAUGGGCGCGGUGAGGCGCAUGCAGAUUUUCCUUCUUGGAAUUAUCCUGCUUCCAAUUCGUGCUUUACUGGUUGCAUUAAUUAUAGUACUUGCAUGGCCAUUCGCUGCAAUAUCAACAGCUUGCUGUCCUGAAAAGCUGACCCACCCAAUAACUGGUUGGCGGAGGAAAAUUACUCAACCAGUUAUGAAGUUUUUGGGUCGUGCCAUGUUCUUUUCAAUGGGAUUUGUCGUUACUGUGAAAGGCAAGAUUGCAAGUCCUGUGGAAGCUCCAAUUUUUGUUGUUGCCCCUCAUUCAACAUUCUUUGAUGGAAUUGCCUGUGUCUUAACUGGGUUACCUUCUAUAGUGUCUCGAUGUGAGAAUGUGCAGGUCCCUCUGAUUGGUAGACUGUUACGAGCUUUGCAGCCCGUGUUGGUAUCCCGUGUAGAUCCAGAUUCACGAAGAAACACAAUAAAUGAAAUAGUAAAGCGAGCCACUUCAGGAGGUGAAUGGCCCCAGAUACUAGUUUUCCCAGAAGGUACUUGUACUAAUCGUUCCUGUUUGAUUACUUUUAAACCAGGCGCCUUCAUCCCAGGAGUCCCAGUGCAGCCGGUCCUCCUCAGAUACCCAAAUGAGCUGGAUACUGUGACAUGGACAUGGCAAGGAUAUACAUUCAUUCAGCUUUGUAUGCUUACGUUCUGCCAGCCUUUCACGAAGGUGGAAGUGGAGUUUAUGCCUGUGCAGGUGCCAAGUGAUGAAGAAAAACAUGAUCCUGUCCUUUUUGCUGGUAGAGUCCGGAAUUUAAUGGCAGAAUCUCUGGGAAUUCCAGUAACAGAUCAUACUUAUGAAGACUGCAGAUUGAUGAUUUCAGCAGGACAACUGACUUUGCCAAUGGAAGCUGGGCUGGUGGAAUUUACUAAAAUUAGUCGGAAAUUGAAACUAGACUGGGAUGGCAUUCGGAAGCACUUGGAUGAAUAUGCAGCUAUUGCAAGUUCCUCAAAAGGAGGAAGGAUUGGAAUUGAAGAAUUUGCCGAGUACUUAAAGUUGCCUGUUUCAGAUGUCUUAAAACAACUUUUUGCACUCUUUGACAGGAACCAUGAUGGCAGUAUUGACUUCCGAGAGUAUGUGAUCGGCUUGGCUGUCUUGUGCAACCCUGCCAACACAGAGGAGAUCAUCCAGGUGGCAUUUAAGCUCUUUGAUGUUGAUGAGGAUGGCUCCAUAUCAGAGGAAGAGUUUUCCACCAUCAUGCAGGCUUCCCUGGGAGUGCCUGAUCUUGAUGUUUCUGGUCUCUUCAAGGAAAUAGCCCAGGGGGAUUCUAUUUCCUAUGAGGAAUUUAAGAGUUUUGCCCUAAAGCAUCCAGAAUAUGCCAAGAUAUUUACAACAUACUUAGACCUCCAGACGUGCCAUGUGUUUUCAUUACCAAAUGAAGCUCAGGCAACUCCCUUAAUCGCAAGUAAUAAAGUCAGCCCUGAAAACCAUGAAGAGAGUACUUCAGACAAAAAAGAUGACUGAAUGCAAAUAUUACCAAUAAGGAAAUUUCAGUGGCUUUUACUUGAAAUUGUAAAGAUGUUUUUGAUAGUGUUUUUAAAUGUCACUGUUGAGUAAUGAUGAUGCUUAAAAUGAAAACUUUCUUUAUAAGUUAUGUUUUCUUAUUAAAAUGCUUACAUUUAUAUGCACAUAUCAAAUAAUAUUUCCUUUGUUAUGUGUUAUGUUCUGUUGCAUUGAUUUGCUAGUGAUAAACAUGCUUUUAUGGAUUUUCCAUUUUCAUUUUACACAUUCAGUGAACUGAUGUCACUUUUUUUUCUGAUGAGCAAAAACCAACAUUUGUAAAAAAAAAAAAAAAGUAUAAAAAUCAUCAACACACUUUAAUAUACUUUCGUAUAAAAAUUAAGUGAUAGUGUUCUCACUAUUCCUAUCAAGUCUUUGAAAUGAGACUGUAGUGGUACCCUGCAGAAUUUCAUAAAUUUAGAUUCAGAAAAUGUGUUUUCCCAGUUCAUGUCAGAUUCUACAGUGACAUCAUAUGUACUGGAAGAGAGAACUUUGAACCUUUUUUAUUUUUAGCAUGCAUCUCUACUGCAGAUUCCCUUAGCCACCUGCUAUGGUAACCCUAUACUUUCUCAUGGCCUUAUUUAGAGAUUUUUGUCUUAAAGACAACUUCUAUUAACCAAUGGCUAAAUAGGAAUUGUCUUGAAGAUAGCAUCAACUAACUGCCAAAGAAGAAAACAACUUGUUUGCCACUGAAUUUUGUUUAAUUUGAUUUGGCUAGUUCAGGUCACAAUAGUUAUCCACUAAAUAAAUCAGAUUUGCUCUGGCCAUAUAAUAUUGGAAUUAAUAUAUUUUACCAUUCAAGGGUAAAUCUAAUUUUAGAGCAUGCUUGCAAUUAUAUAAAUAUAAAUAUAUAUAUAUAAAUAUAUAUAUAUAUUGAAUACACUCAUGCACACACAUAUAUACGAAAAACACAACAGAUUCCAGAGUAUCCUCAAAAGCUAGGGAAUCCAAAAACCUCUUUAUUAAUGCAAGGCAACAAUUAGCCCCCAACCAGGAAUCUGUCAUUUUCUCCUUAGCAAUAAUUUUCCUAAGCAAUAACUUUCCUCAAGUGCCAUUUUGUUGAAUGUCAUAUAUGUAUACUGGUACUAGAAAUUGCACCGGAAUUUUUUAACGUAGGGACAUUUAUUAAUGUACAAAAGUAUUUGGUUUCUAGUCUGAAUUCAGUCUUUGAAUUCAAAUUCUUUGUUUUGGUUAUGUUUCUAAAUAUAUUGCUGACUUACCCUCCAUGCUAGUGUUUUAAAGGCCAUUUUGAAGUUGGGAAUUCUCAUGCAGGCUGUUAGAAUUUGUAUUUAAUCAAGAGUCAUAAUUUCAAACUAUGUUGCAUACUAAAUAGUAUUUUAAUUUAGUAAGUAAAUAUAUACUUAGAUAAUUGCUCAGAAAUUUCAUCCUUAAGUAUAUAUAACUGUACGCUUAUUAUGUCUUAAAGCUAUUUAUACAAAGCAUUAAAUGAACUGAAGAUAAUAGUUUAAGUAAUUAAAAAGUAUAUCUUUAUAGCAAUAUUCAUAAUACACAUUUGAAUUUGUUUAUUACUCAGGUACCGUGAUUAUUUUUUUAUCAUAGAAAAGCCACAUGUUAGUCUUAUUAAUUAUGAAAUAAUAGCACUGUAAAGUAAAAGCUUUAUGAGACUCUUGAAAGUAAGUUCAUUGUCUUUCUGGAUUUAAAUAAUAAUAUUUUAUUCUCUUUAAUUCCACUUAUGCCAAUGUACCAUUUUAUUAUGUUACUGAAUAAACAAACUUAACUACAUAAAAUUCUCUGCAAUAAAAAUAACCUGGUUUUGCCA